AUGAGCUCACUACUCAACAUCCAGCGUGAGAUCAUUCUGAAUACGAUCCGUUCUACUGCAGGCGACGAGUGGAAAGUCCUGGUGGUGGACGAAGCUAGUCGAAAAUUGAUCGACAAUGCAGUCAAGGAAGAUGAUAUCCUCAAUCUCAAUGUCACCAACAUCGAACAGAUCGAGAACCGCCGGCAGUCCAACCAACCGAUAGCUGCCCUCUAUAUUCUCUCCGCCCUUCCACAUAUUGUUGACUGUGUCCUAGCAGACUUCGAGCGACGGAGAUACAAGAAGUCUUAUUUGGUGUGGACGUCAUUUCUCGACCCAGCUUUGCGAUCUCGCAUUGAUCGACUGCCGAUGGCGAGGGAGCAAAUUGCAGGCUUCCAGACCAUUAGCAUUGACUACUAUCCAAGGGAAUCGCGCGUUGUUACAUUCAGGGAUCCAUGGAGUUUCCCGAUCCUGUUUCACCCCGGCUGCAACCAUCUGAUUCGCGAGCACCUGGCUACACUGGCGCAUAAGGCCGUGUCUCUCUGCGCGACAUUGGGAGAAUAUCCCAUCAUCAGGUACUAUAGGCCUAGAACCCCUUCUCAUGAGGCCAGUGUCUUGUGUUCGCAUCUCGCCCGCUUUAUCCAAGACGAGUUGGAUCAGUUUGCGCAAUUCAAUCGAGAUUUUCCGCCUCCGUCUCCGAGGCCGCGUGGUGUGCUGCUGAUUGUAGACCGAUCUAUGGACCUGUUUGCGCCAUUGAUCCACGAAUUUACGUACCAGUCCAUGGUCCACGAUUUGCUGCCCAUUAAGGAAGGGGACAAAGUCACAUAUAAAACCAUUAUCAACAAGGGCGCUUUCAACGAGGAAACCAAAGAAAUGGAGAUCAACGACCAAGAUAGAGUCUGGGUUGAGUACAGACAUAUGCAUAUGAAAGACGUGUUGGAGAAACUCGGUGAAGACUUUGCCAAAUUCCGAGCUGCUAAUCCUCAGUUUGCGGAAGGUAACAAGGCUUCUCUGGGCGUGAUCAAGGAUAUGCUGGCUGGUCUCCGGGAAUUUCAGGAAGGUCGCGACGCAUAUACCCUUCAUCUCAACAUGGCGGAAGAGUGCAUGAAGGUCUUCCAAGACCAUAAACUCAUCGAAGUCAGCUCGGUGGAGCAAAGUCUUGCGACCGGCUUAGACGAGAACUACAAGAAGGCAAAGGGGCUGGCCGCUCAGAUCGUGCAGCUACUCGAUGAUGACGCUAUAACCUCUACAGACAGACUGAGGCUCCUGCUUCUCUACAUUAUAUAUAGGCACGGAUUACUCCCAGGGGAUAUCCGAAAACUCAUGGCCCAUGGACAGCUGCCUCCUCAGGAUGGGCAAGUUAUUUCGAACCUGGACCUGCUCGGCACCAGAGUCGACAAGCCAUUAAAGGAUGAUAAACCACCCGUCCAACCACUGUUUACCAGAAAACCUCCUGUGCUGUCCGAUUCAGAUGAAGUGAGUCUGUCUCGGUACGAACUCAACGUCAAGUUGAUGCUCGAGGAUCUCAUUCGCGGAACGCUGGACGCCAACACAUUUCCGCUCACGCGCCCACAGACUGACGCAGGUGGUGCGGCUUCACAACAGGACGCAAUGGCGCAGGCUUCACUCCGAAGUGCCAAACCCACCUGGGCUCGAACACGCACAACAGGAGAGCAACCACGACAGCGGAUAAUCGUGUUCAUGUGUGGAGGUGCUACCUACGGCGAAGCAAGGGCUUGCUAUGAGAUUUCUGAAGCACACCGAAAAGACGUCUUCCUCGCGACAUCCCACAUGAUCACUCCCAGCCUAUUCUUGCGGCAAGUCAGCGAUUUGAGCGCAGAUAAGCGCCAGCUCGAUAUCCCCGCUGAAAGACCCAAGCCCACCGCACCGGCGCACUUAUUCGAGCGAGAUCCCCCACCGCAGCCUGCCCCCCAAAAGGCUCCAGCUCCUACACCCUCUCCCGCCCCGCCUACAGCUGCUAUGGGAGCAAUGUCCCUCGGAUCGAACGCCCAGAAGCCAUCGAGCUCCGGUUCGAAACCCCCUAAAGAAGGAAAGGAAAAGAAGCGCCGCCAUUUCUUCCGAUAG